CUUCAAGUGUCGGUUUAAGCGUUCCGGCCAUAGGGGUUUCUAUGGCAACGGGGUUAUUGCUUUUUUUUUUUUUUGGUGCUCUGUUCAGCAGCCCGGAAGUAUCGGGGGACUCGGGAACCUCAGCGAGGUUCAGAUUCUAAUGCUGGUAAAGCUAAUCUUGUGAAGAUGGAACCCUUGGAAGAAAUAGUGGCUUCAACAACAACAAAUGAGCAUGAGGAUUUGGGACCUCAAGAGGAACCAGCAAAUCCUCUCCUGAGGGCUGCUUUAAGGGGUGAUAUGGAAGAAGUACAACAGAUUUUUGAGGACUUGGAGGAUCCUGAUCAUGAAAAAGCAAAUAAGUUUUUAAUGGAAAAGGAUCUUCUAGGGAGAAACUUACUAUUUGCAACUUGUAUGGUUGGUCAGAAUGACAUUAUCCAAUCCCUGGCAAAAUAUGGAGUUGACCUGAAGGAUAAGACAGUCAGAGGUUAUACACUUCUUCAUUGUGCUGCAGCCUGGGGUCAGUUAAACACACUGAAAACUCUGGUAGAGCUGGAAGCUGAUAUUUAUGCAACUACAUUCCGGGGUGAAAAUGCUAGAGACAUUGCAAAUCGAUAUAAGCAAACAGAGUGUGCUGAAUUCUUGGACUGGGCAGAGGCCAAGCAGAAUUUACGCAAUUUAAUUUCCCAAAUUCAGGCAACAAUCACUGAUCCUGAGAAAGUUCAGGGAAAACUAAAUAAAGAAGAUAAGACAACCUCCAUCAAGGCCUGUCAGGCCAAGUUGGACUGGCUUGAAAAUACAAAAGAGCCUAAUACACAAGACUUUAUUGAUCAGAAGCAGCAGUUGGAGGACAUAAUGCUUCCUAUCUUCACUAAAUUGGCUGCACCACGUGGACAAGACCCUGUUGUCAGCAAAAAAACCUGAAUGAUUUUGGAAAUCAACUCAAGGAUAUUGUGCCUGCAAACUCCUCCUGUAAUCUAGUUCCUGAACACUGCCUUCAAAGUCAGGAUAACUGAGAUUUAUUGUUGUACCAGUUGUGAAAACUUAUGUCAAAUAUGAAUAUAUCAGCAUGAAAUAAACCCACUAUUUUGAAAAGAGAAUAGCUAUCAAAACAGUCUUAAUGCUUUUUAUUUUUUAAAAAAUCCAAAAUAUAUUUGAUAUGCACAGAUUACUGUCGUUACUGUUUUUGUUUUGUUUUAUAUUUUCUCUUACACUUUUUAAAAAAUUGCUUUAUUGAUAAACAUGCUUAAACCUGUUAAGCCAAUUAAUGUUUUCACACCUGAAUUAUAAUACAAGGAUGGUAGGAAUUAUAGUCCAUUAUAUUUAAAGGAAAUAUAAUCCUAAAUUUGGGGGGCUGAAACCUCAAAAACAGUUUUGUUCUCCCACCCCCACCCCUAUUUGUACAUGGGACAGAACAGUGAAAUAAUUCUAUAGGGAUACCUAUGAACAUUGGUCAGACAAUUAUCUGGCAUUCAUUAUGAUUCCUAUUGCAGCAUAUAUAUUAAAUAAUCUUUGAAAUCAUGGUUUCUGGAAUUAGCUUACUUCAAUUACCCACAAUUUACUCAGUUAAUUUUUUAUUUGUAAAGAUUAUGAAGAAUGUAAAACUAAUGUUGAAGUUUUCAAUGUUUUCAUAAUAGAACUACAGAAGAGCACCAGAAGAGACUUAAGGCCAAAUGUAAGGAUUAUCAAUCUGUGGUCCUCAAUCCCUUUUUUGUGCCCUUAAAAGCCUUCUCUAAAUGCACUGUUAUAACUUGGCAUGAGGUUGUCAAAUUUACUAGUGUACAUUCUUACCACAUUGAGAUAGAAAACAGUACUCUAAAAUAGCAUCACCUUUUCUUUUAAAAAGAAAAUCUGAAAAUCACUUCCCAACCUACAUACAUGAUUAAUUCUGCCCAUAGCAGCAAUCCCUCAAAACAUUAAAUGCAGACUAUCAAAAUGUUUUCCAUGUCUGGUUGAAAAUAACAUUCCAAUUUUUAUCCUGCCUCUUUCUUCUUGUCAUUGUUUUUUU